GAAGUCGUCGGCAACACAAGGGUGUUGUAUAUCCUUAAUUUAUUAUCUGUUAUAUUAUGUCUAUGUUAAGUACUCUAUGAUUAUAUCUAUUGUCUAUGUCUUCUCUUGGUCUUGUUCGUUCGUAAUAAUGUAAUGUCGAGUCAUGUCUUUGAGUCUAAAGUCUAAAUAAUAAAGUCGUACGUAUCCAGUCAAUCAGUCUUAUUUAUUACACCUAGCAUCAUAAUAUAUGGUGUCAGAAUUCGCAACAAAGUGAAGAAUAUAUAUAUUUUACGUCAUCUGAAAGUCAAUGGUAAUAAAAUUGAAAAUUCAAAAUGUCGACGUCUACAAUACAAAACGUGGAAGCAUGUUCACAAAGUCACAACUUCAACAAUGUACCAAAAUUAAUAAUUGCAACAAAUCAAAAUAACAAUUCUAAUUGGAAGAAAUGGUGGCAAUGUUUUGAGCUUUUUCUACUUGCUUCGGAUCUGGAAGAUGCAUCCGAGAAAAGGAAAAUAGCCAUCAUGUUACAUACAAUCGGAGAAAAAGCUAACAUGAGUUCGAGAUUAACACAUGUUCGUCAAAGAUUGUUGCAAGAAACGGACCUAACACUCGAAAAGGCUAUAUCUAUUGCUAAUAAUGUCAUCAUGGCACAACAAAAUGCUCAAACAAUGGAAAAUUCUCAAUAUUCAGAUAAUGUUUUACAUAUAUCACAGUCGUAUACAAAAUCUUUAGAAUCGUCUUAUCCAGUCCGAGAUGUCAACGAGGAAUCAAACAAUGAUUCAGAACAAUUUUUCAUUGGUAUGGUGAAGAGUGUCAACAACGACAAGUCAUGGUAUUUAUCAGUUCUAAUUAAUAAUGUUGAAAAGGGGUCUGCUAGGCUUCCUCAAGGAGCUAGGCUGGCAUGA